CGAUCACAGACAUAUUAGUGGCCGGGUCACUGCUCAAUCUGACCGAUUUAUACAAAAAAAAUUUAUCAAAUUUGUCAAAAUUGUCCUCUUUUUUUUCUUUUCUUUUCUUUUUAAAAAUAUGUUUUGAAUUGAACUUGCAGCUCAGAUGCUCUGUGGACAGAGAAGAUGAUGAGAAUCCACACUCUGUGUCUUUUGCUUCUGUGUGUCAGUGUUUUACCAACAUGUUUGUGUGCCCAUGGCAAAUAUGCCCAGAAGCUCCUGAACGAUUUAUUCGCCAACUACACAAGUGCACUGAGGCCCGUGGAGGACACCAACACCAUCCUGAACGUAACACUGCAGGUUACGCUCUCCCAAAUUAUCGACAUGGAUGAGCGAAACCAGAUUUUGACUGCAUAUUUAUGGAUACGGCAAGUGUGGGUUGACGCACACCUCACAUGGGACAAAGACGAUUACGAUGGACUCGAUACCAUCCGUAUACCUAGUAGUUAUGUAUGGAGACCUGAUAUAGUCCUAUAUAACAAUGCAGAUGAUCGUUUCACUGGCCCCAUGGACACCAAUGUGGUAAUUCAACACGAUGGCCAGAUCAUGUGGGAUUCUCCCGCGAUCACCAAGAGCUCGUGCAAAGUGGACGUGUCUUUCUUUCCCUUUGACGCUCAGCAGUGCAGGUUCACCUACGGCUCCUGGACCUACAAUGGAAACCAGCUGGAUAUCCUGAACGCGAUGGACAGCGCUGACCUCGCCGACCUGGUGGAAAAUGUAGAGUGGGAGGUGUUGGGUAUGCCGGCUAAGAAGAAUGUGAUUGUGUACGGUUGCUGCGCUGACCCUUACCCGGAUGUGACCUACAUACUAAUGCUGAAGAGAAAAGCUUCCUUUUAUGUCUUCAACUUGCUCAUACCAUGCGUGAUGAUCUCUUUUCUGGCUCCACUGGGCUUCUACCUGCCCGCUGACUCUGGAGAGAAGGUAUCUUUGGGAGUCACCGUCAUGUUGGCCCUCACGGUCUUUCAGCUGUUGGUGGCAGAGAUCAUGCCGCCUUCUGAGAACGUACCUUUAAUCGGAAAGUACUACAUUGCUACGAUGACUAUGAUCACCGCCUCUACUGCCCUGACAAUCUUCAUCAUGAACAUACACCACUGUGGUCCAGAUGCCAAGCCUGUUCCCAAGUGGGCCAAGACUGUCAUUCUGCAGUACAUGGCCAGGAUGUGCUUUGUUUAUGAAGUUGGAGAAAACUGCAUGUCACCGCAGCCAGAAAAACAGAAGGCUUCACCCUUGAAGAACACCAAUGUCACCAUGAAUGGACAGGCAGGACCAGGCAGAGAGGACUGUGUCUUCAAAAUAGACAGAGGACAAGAGACGGAGACCGCAGAGGAGAGGGAGGACAUGGAGCAGAUGAUCAGUCCGAUAGGGUCAAUGGGGAAAAAUCCCACCGACAACUACGGCACUUGGAAAAAUGGCAUUUUCAUGAGCAUGGACUGCGGCGAUUCGACAGGUCAUAGGAGGUGCAGGAAGGGAGGCGUGAGUGAUGGAGAGUUGAAAGAAAGAGAGGCGUCGUGCAACACUCAAAGCAAUGAAAGACUGCUGCUGCGCAACGUUGAGUACAUUGCCAACUGCUACAGGGAUCAGAGGGCCACGCAGAAGAGAACCGGGGAGUGGAAGAAGGUCGCCAAAGUUUUAGAUCGCUUCUUCAUGUGGAUAUUUUUCAUCAUGGUGUUUUUCAUGAGCCUUCUUAUCAUGGGUAAAGCAAUUUAACGCAAGAACUGUUGAGAGGUCAGUCUUUAAAGAUAACCACAAAUACAAUUGAUGCUUGAUUUAAGUUAUUUCAAAUACCUUUAUUUGUUCAAUACUUAAUUUGUGUAAAGCCAUCUGGGCUAGGUUUCGCUACUGAUUUCCUGAAUCAAUUUAAUUCAGAUUCACAAGGUACAGAUUUGAUUCAAUUGGAAAUAAAUUAAUUUAGAGAUGUUUCAGUUUCCGUACCAAUUUUGUUUGGUUUUGU